AUGUCCAUCACGCAUCUCGUUCUCUUUCAAUUCAAGGCAGACGUGUCGGCUGAGGUGAUCAAAGAUGCCUCCUCGCGUCUCCUCGCCCUGAAGGACGCCUGCGUGCAUCCCACCUCCCAGCAACCGUACGUCAAGUCCGUGUCUGGUGGAGUGGAUAAUUCACCAGAGGGGAUUUCGGGAGGAAUCACCCACGCCUUCGUCAUGGAAUUCGCCAACGAGGAAGACAGAGCGUAUUACGUGUCCCAGGACCCUGCGCACAAGGCGUUCGUGCAAAGUCUCGACGGGCUCGUCGAGAAGGUGCAAGUUAUUGAUUUCACCGAUCGGGUGUUCUAG